GCUGUACCUUAUUUUUGAAAAUUAUUUAUUUUUGAAAAUUUCCCACAAUGUGUUUUUUUACUGACAUAUUUUAAACUGGACAAGGUAAAAGCUUCCCAUGCCGUUUGUGACUUUGGAUGUACACGUGUGAUGUGUGGGAGGAGGCAAGGUGCUUAAAUAAGCGGUACCCACGGAUCACUCUGUAACUCGAGAGGUGGGCUAUAAAUACCCCCUAACCUUUCCUGUGUAUGUCUGUUUGUAUGCGUUUGCUUGAAGCUUGGUACAUGCUGGUCCGACUGAGGACAAUAAAGCUUUGGGCAGGGAGCCUGCUUGCUUCACCGCCAUCAGUCUAAACUUUAGCAGUUGUUUUUAAAGCUGCCUGGAAAUGCAGAAGAUUGUAGUCUGUUUUGAUUUACAUCGUCCUACAGCUAUAGUUACCUUCGUUACGUUUUAGGAAAAACAUGCCAAAGCUAAAAAGCAUUUUUUUUGCAUUCGAGUGCCUUCCUGUCGUUGGACUUCAACAGGUCUCUCAGAUUUCCACAGUUCCAGCAGUAGCCCCUCUUUCCAACCCAUUCGCAGUCAGAUCCCCAUACCCACUGCACAUGUCAUGCCCUCCACGGCCGGCGCCCCGGCCUCAAAGCCCCAGCCGUUUGGCCCGGAGGACUCUUUGUCCUCAACCGAGGGCCACAGGUCUUCCUCUAGCUCAAGAACUCCAAGUGGUUCCACAUCAAAGUCUUCUUCCCUCUCCAAAUCAGCCUCGUCCCCCAACUUGGAUGCUCAGGACGGUGUAGGAGGUGAUCUCGCUACACCAAAGCCAGACUGCCUGAGCCGCUAUCGGAGCCUCGUCAAUGGGUUGGACCACUCGCUCUUCCCCACAGAUCAGACGCGGGUGGACGAUGGCCAGAGGUUUGACACUCCUGCUGUGGAACCUACACUAAACCAGUCAGCCUUGCUGGGAGGCUUGUGUCCUGAUGUAAGGCUCAGAUUACAGACGACUGGGAUUAGAGACACUCCAGACUGUAUGUCUGAGGUCUACAGAGCAGGUCUGGACCACAGUUACAAGGUUUUGCCUGAAGCGAGAGCUGGCCUAUCUGGUACAGCUGAGGCCUCUAAUCAGAGGGGUGGGCAGCCUGGUGCAGCCGGAUCUGCUGGAGUUUAUGCAAACCCUCUCAGUUUGCAGACCCAGGCUCUGCUCAGAGAACAUGCUGGCCCCAAGGGUUACGAUCCUUUGCGGCAGGACAGAUGUAGUGAACUCUCCAGCUGGCAGCAUAAACAGCAACUAGACAGUCUACGCCUCCAAAUGGAACAAAUGCAGUUAAUGAAUGCUGGAGUGGGUCAGUAUCCAUCUUUGUACUCAUCACCGCUUCACUCAGACUCGGGCAAGUGGGAUGCUCUGGUCAAAGCCAGCGAGAGUCUGCUAAAAGAGAAGGAGCUUAUUAUUGAGAGACAAAAGCAGCACAUGACCCAGCUGGAACAGCGCCUGAGGGAAAGCGAGUUGCAGGUCCACGGAGCCCUCCUUGGCCGAGGAGCAUCUUUUGGGGACAUGUGUAUGUUGCGUCUCCAGGAGGCUCAGAGGGAGAAUGCAUUCCUGAGGGCACAGUUUACUGAGCGCACUGACUGCGUUGCCCUGGAGAAAGCAGAGGCAGAACGCAGGCUGGGGGCCGUCGAGGCUGAGACACGGCGGAUCACAGAGAGUUUGAAGGAAGCCUGCGAGAGGCAUGCUGAGGAGAUGAAGAAACAGGAAGAGAGGAUACGCAGUCGGGACAAGCACAUCAACAACCUAAAGAAGAAAUGUCAAAAGGAAGCCGAGCUGAAGAGGGAGAACCAGCAGCGUAUUGAAACUCUGGAGCGCUACCUUGCUGACCUGCCAACCAUGGAGGACUACCAGAGACAGAAUAAGCAGCUCUUAGAAGCUGAAGAGCAGGCUGACCAGCUACAAGGGAAAGUAAGAGACCUGGAAGCCAGCCUGGAGACGAUGCGCUCCCAACUGCGGGACAAAGACACGCAGCUGGAGGAGCAAAAACGCAGGGAGAGAGACCUACUGACGACCAUUACUGAUAUGCAACAGCGGGUGAAACAAGGCCUUGAGGAUGGAGCCAGACUGCCCUGUUUGGAUAUUGAGAAACUCAGAGGGGAGAACAGUUCUUUAAGAGAGGAGCAGCAGAGACUCAAAAAGGUUAUUGAGAAGCAACAUCGAAUGAUGGAACAGCUUGGCUCCCAGAUUCAGGCGUUGGAGGCUCAAAUAUCUCAGGAAGACAGCAGCUCUCAGGCUCUCAGAGAGGAGGUGUUGGCCAAAGAGCAGAAUGUGCUGGAGCUCCACACAGCCAUGAAAGAGCUGUCGGCCCAGAACCAGGAACUGAUGGAGCAGAAUCUGACGCUGCAGGAGCGGAUGAACGAUCCGGAGCAGAGAAGCAGCAACCAGGCCUCUUCUCUGCUACAGCCAGCAGGAGCUCAUCUCACACAAAGACUGCACUUGGAGAUUGCUUCCUGCCUCAGCGACCUGCGCUCCCUGUGCAGCAUUCUGACCCAGCGAGCCCAAGGACAAAACCCCAACCUCUCUCUGCUGCUUGGUCUCACUGCACCACCAGCAGUGGCACAGCAGAAUGAAGACUGGAUGGAUCCUGACGUACUGCAGAAGAAGUUGGCUGAAGCCCAACAGCUCCGUCGUGAUGUUGAGGAACUGCGCACUGUUAUACUGGACCGUUAUGCACAGGACAUGGGAGAAAACUGCAUAACUCAAUAACCUUGACGGAGGAACCUUGCAGUAGCCCCUUUUUGCCUCUGCAGCAUCUCACGGGCUCAGCUUUCAUGCCUAGUUGCUGCCGGAAAGAGGACUGGAAUUUAAUUUUAUUACAAUGAGGACAAAGGAAAACCCAAAUGGUUUAGCUUCUGCUUCCCUCAACUGACUUAACUUUCAGUUUCAAGCCUGCCUGUAGCUCAAAACCCUCCCCUGCCCUCGGUGAGUUCAUCUAUUUCAGUCCAAGGGCUAACAAAAAAUAACUUGCCUCUAAUACUUGAUCCUUUUAAGCGUUGGUUGUGUUUUUAAUGACGACAUGAUGCUGUAAGUUAACAGUCUUAUACUUUCUGUUCCACUCUCGUGGGUAUAUUGUUACGUAGACGUACCACAGUUAUAAUUUAUUUAAAAUUUGAUUUCCCUCUUUUGGGGAAUUGCCCUUAAGUGGUUGACAAUCAACUGAGAAUAUUUUGACCUGUGCUUUUAACUGACUGCAAAGAAAAAAGUAACUAAUGCGCCAUUAUUUCAAAUGGUGAACUGUAAUAUCAGACUCAGCUGUGACCUAUAGGACAUAACAACUGAACGGUUUAAUACCAAAUCAGCUUCUCACACCAACAAGCCUACAACACCUCUUAAUACCAAAGAAACUCUGGUCAAAGUUGUUGUGCAACUGUGUGUGAAUGUUUGUGAACACACAUCUGUGCUGCAGGCAUCGUUCUGAUUGAACACCAGCAUGUGCCUUUGUCACAUUUCUAACUACAAUGCUAAUUCCUUUUAGACCAACCAGAAGGGCUGUUUGCAGCUGAUUCUUCCAAAAUGACAUUUCUCUGUUUUAUCAACCAAUAGGAUAGUCAAUACAUUCCCUGACUCUGAAUGUAGGAUAUUGUGGGCAACAUCACAAAGCUUGAUGAGGCCCUGAGACUUCUUUUUUUUUGUUGUUUUUUUGUUACUGGUAGAUGAAUGCAUUCAAGUGAAACUAAUAUGUCAGAGUGAGCUAUGCAUAAUUUGCUCAGCGGAUAUUUCAUUUCAUGUUGAUUAUGGCUGGCUCGCAUUUGAUAGAGUGGUUAAAUGAUAAAGGUAUGACUGACAAACAGUAUUAACUUUCAGUAUUAUAUAUUUUUUUGUUUGCAUUGACAACUCGGUGUGACAGCUUUCAGGGUCUACUGUGUUGCUGUAAUAACGUGCUAAUGUGUUUAGAAAACAUCCACAAUGUGUAAAGGUCCCAUGGAGUGUAUAUUACAUAGCAUAUGUUUUUGUUUUUUUUCCCUCUGUGGUUUGUUGUGGUGUGUUCGUUUCUUUUUUUUUUUUUAAUCCCAUGUGAUGAUGAUUGUAAGGGCUGGCUGGAUCACCCCUCAAUCAAUCACAAAGUACCAGAAGGAAUUUUUCUUUAUUUGUUCAGUGUGCAGGAAAAGCCAUUUGGAAAAACUUGUCACUUUAUCUGAAAGGGAUUUUUACGUAAAAAAUAUGCAACAAAGAAUUUACUUUUACUUUUUUUUUUGGACAACAGUAAUACAGAACAACUCUCCCAGGGACACUCAAGCCAUAUUUCAUUUCAUGGGACCUUUUAAUCUUCAGUAGCACAAGAUUUGACUUUAGAAAGUCAGACACUGCAUGCCUUAACAUCUCAAAUGUUUGCAAAAGGGAAAAAAAGAUGUUUAUAUUUUCAUACUUUUGUUCUUGUUUGUAUUGCAUAUUUUAGAAAUAAAGAUUUUCCAGAUUUUGGUUUUCAA